AUGAUUCAACAAUCGUUUUGCAUUGCAUCAGAUGAUUUGGAAACGAAUAUAAAAGAAAAUUUAACAACCAAUAUGUAUACCGAUUUAAAUGAAAUCGAUAUGAAUAUUAAUCCGAAAACUGAAGUUAUAAGUUAUAUGGAUCGUCCUGUUAGUGUACAAGAUGCUGAAUUAUUACUUUCAAUAAGUACUGUAUCAUCACCACCAUCAAAACCAAGAAAACUUCAUCCUAAAUUUCGACCAUAUAUUUGUGAAUCAAUUGAUACAUCAAUUCCAACAUUAAAUAAUUUAACAUUAUCAAAUCGAUCAAAUUCAAUAUCAUCAUCUGUAUCUGAUGAAUAUUCAUCAACAUCAUGUACAUCUCCAUAUUCAUCAUCAAAUGAUGAUAGUCAAACAUCUUUAAUUCAAAAUAAUAAUAAUAAUGAUACUCCGAUUACUAAUAAUAAUCAAGAAUAUCAUGUACUCUAUGUUAAUCUCAAUGGUGAAUAUGUUCCUGUAGCUAAAACUUCAUUUACAAUUUCGACAACAUUUCCAUUAUCAAACUUUCAAAUAUCAACAUGUAAACCAAAAUUAAUAUUUGAUCGAAAAAGAAAUCAUAUUUGUACAUAUUCUGGUUGUCAAAAAUCAUAUUUUAAAUCAUCUCAUUUAAAGGCUCAUAUUCGAUUACAUACUGGUGAAAAACCAUUUUCAUGUUCGUGGUCAAAUUGUGAUAAAACAUUUGCACGAUCAGAUGAAUUAAGUCGACAUCGACGAACUCAUACUGGUGAAAAAAAACAUGUUUGUCCUGUAUGUCAAAAAGCCUUUAUGCGUAGUGAUCAUUUAUCAAAACAUCAAAAACUUCAUACAAAAAUUAAGAUUUCAUCUUCAUGA